CUGUAAUAUUUUCUCCACCAUAGCUUUGAAAUUAACUCGUAAAUAAUAUUUAUUGUAGACUGUAAAACAACAAACAAUAUCAGCAGGAGAGCGCAGUUCUUAACGCAGCUGUGCCGACUUUGAAGAGCUCCGGGUCGGCAAGACUGCGGUUGUUCCGUUUACACCAGAAUAUUCUCUGAUGGAUACCCCUGAAAGCCCGACCCAGUCUCCUCAGUCUCCUGAGGAGGAGGACAAGGGCUUUUCUGACAGUGAGCUGCUGGAUUCUCCUGAUGAAGAGGAGGAGGACGGGGUCAUCUCUGACAGUGAGAUAGUCCAUGAAGUGGAUAAUCGGGGGCUGCUUGAUGAGGAGGAGGAGGAGGAGGAGGAGGAAGAAGAAGAGGCAUUGUCGAGCCAUGGAAGAGAUUCGGAAUUGGAGGAGCGGGAUGAAGACGAUGAAGUGGUCCCCGACUUUGUCUCUGAUGCAGAGGAUGAGGAGUCUGUAGGAGAAACUAAAGAGAUGGGACAGGAGGAUGGGACCAUUGUGUUGAUGGAGGGGGAUGAAGACUGUCCGCAGGGGGGACAGCUAAAUGGGGAGGACGAGAAGGAAGAAGGGGAGCAAGAGGAUGGAGUCAUUGACACCCCACAGUCUCCAGACUCGGAACAGGGCAAAAGCUUAAUUCCUGAAGAGGAUGUAGAAGACGGGGAGGAACGUUACGUUGACUACAGAAAUAACAACUCUGCAGAUCCUGAGGCUGAUUAUGAUGGUGAUGAUGAUGGUGAUGAUGGUGGUGAUGGUGGGGAUUAUGGGGAUGGGGAGAAAGACACAAGCAAGGAAGAGGAGAACAAAGGGAGGAGAGCGGUCGCAGUGAGGGAGAUGAAGGAUGACUCUGCGUCUGUUUCCCGGGAGCUGGACGAGCAUGAACUGGAUUACGAUGAGGAGGUCCCGGAGGAGCCCAGUAUUCCUGCACAUGAGGAAGAGGAGGAUGAGGACGACGCAAAAGCGGAGGGAGAAGAAGAGGAAGAGACUGUGGACAAGAGCAAUAAUAAGAAGAAGGAGAAGAAACCAAUCCUCCCCCCAUCUCCUAACGAGAGGUCAGGUGACUCCAAAGGGCCCGAGAGGAUGCGCAGAGAUAAGAAGAAGGACGAGGAUGAUGGAGAGAUUGAUGAAGGAGAGAUUGAUGAUGAUGACCUGGAGGAGGGGGAGGUCAAAGACCCCUCGGACAGGAAGAUCCGACCGCGUCCCGUCUGCAGGUUCUUCAUCAAAGGAAACUGCACUUGGGGCAUGAACUGUCGGUUCAUCCACCCCGGAGUCAACGACAAAGGGAACUAUUCCCUCAUCAGCAAGCCGGACCCCUUCUCGCCCAACGGAGCGCCUCCCGGAGGACCUCACCCGCUCAUACCCAAUAAUCCCUGGGCGGGCCCUGCCGUGGAGGAGCUCCCUCCGCCCCCUCCUCCGGUGGAGCCCCCUGUGGAGAGCGCCUGGGAGCGCGGCCUCCGGCACGCCAAAGAGGUGCUGAAGAAGGCCACCAUCCGUAAGGAGCAGGAGCCCGACUUUGAGGAGAAGCGCUUCAACGUGACCAUCGGAGAGGACGACCGAGAGUUUGACAAGGAGAACGACUUCUUCAGGGAACGCAGCUACCGCAUCAUCCGAGAUGAAACCGAGUUCAGAGAUCCUGUUUAUGGUGACCCGUACGCCGAUCCGUACUAUGACCAUGAAAUGGAGGCCCUGUGGCGAGGGGGCCAGUACGAGAACUUCAGAGUGCAGUACACAGAAGCGCCGCUUCCCUACCACUACGGUCAGGAGCGCGAGCGGGACCCCCGGGAGCGCCCUCGGGACCGAGAGCGGGAGAGAGACCACCGGGAGCGCGAGCGCCGGCAGAGGGAGCGCGAGAGGGAGCGCGAGCGCGACAAGGAGAGGAUGCGACGGAAAGAGGAGUGGGAGCGCGACCGGAUAAAGCGGGAUGAGAAGGAGAGGCCGAGGAUGCGUCCGCCUCGAGACCCCCGGGAGAAGAAACCCGACGAGGAGAAACUGAAGCCGCGCUCUCCCCUCGGCGUGCCAUUAAACCGGCCGAUGGAGCCUCCCUCCAAGAAGGAGGACGGUCCACUCAUGAGGCGACCAGACGAGUGGAAGGACCCAUGGCGCCGGUCCAAGUCCCCCAGGAGACGCCCCAGCGGGCUGGGUUCCCCGCCGCGGGGGCGCCGCCGCCACCGGCCCUCGGGCUCAUCCGUGUCUAUGUCCAACUCCUCCAGGUCUUCGUCGCGCUCUUCAUCCUACACGGGUUCUGGGUCUUCUCGCUCCCGCAGCCGCUCCUCCUCGUUCAGCUCCUACUCCAGCCACUCCUCCCAGCACAGCUCGUUCAGCGGCAGCCGCUCGAGGUCUCGAUCGUUCUCCACGUCCCCCUCACCGAGUCCAGCGGCACCGAGGAACGCAAAGAACAAACCAGAGCCUCCCCCUGCGUUAGCUAAAGGCGUGCCGCCGAAGCCGGGCGCCGCCGUGCCCCCUCCUCGCAGGGAGAAGCCCGCGAUGAAGAAGGCCCCCAGUCCUCCGCCCGGCGGACCGCAGGGCAGACCCCCCAAACCUCUGCCAGAGGGAGGGAAGCCUCUCACCACAAAUCCCCGGGAGCCUGGCGGCGCAGGUGGCGGGGCGGGCGGCGGUGGAGCGGGGAGACCCCCACCGCCCCCACGGGAACCGGCAAAGACCCCCAACCCGAGGGAGGACCGGCGUAAAGAACGGCAGCAGCAUCCCCCACGGAGGCGAACUGUGAGUGGGAGUGUUAGUGGAAGUGGUACCAGUUAUACUGGUUCUAUCUCCAGGUCCUCGGCCAACUCACGCUCACGGUCACGCUCUGGAUCCAGAAAAUCCAGGAAAUCCAGGUCGCUGAGCGUGAGCAGCGUGUCGUCGGUGUCGUCGGCGUCGUCCAGCGGCAGCUCGGUGCGGAGCGCCGACUCGGACGACAUGUACGCCGAUCUGGCCAGCCCGGUGUCCUCGGCCAGCUCCCACUCGCCCACGCCCAACCACCCCCGCAAGGAGCGAGGGGCCCCUCGGGACCGGCCCCCGCUCAGCAGAGACAACAAGAACCGGGAGAGACCCUCAAAGAAAGAUGAACCUUUCAGAGAGGACCGCAGGAAGAUGGACCCGUCUGGUGCCCCCCCGCCCAGAGGAGGCAACCCCAUGCCCAGAUCUGGACCUGGGAGCAGGGGGGGCCACCCUGUUCACCCCCCUCCUGGCAUCAUGGGCCCCCCAGGAAACUACGGAGGAGGCUCUGGUUCCCACAAAGACAUUAAACUCACCCUCCUCAAUAAGCAGCAGGCCGACAAGGGCAACAGGAAGAGGUACCUGCCUGCAGACAAGGACCGGCCCAGCUCCCCCCUCAGCAAGAGAAUGGCCAUGUCUCCAGACCGAGGCCGGGAUAAGAGGAUUCCUGGCCGACCCCUCCUCCCCCCUCGAAUGGACCGGCCCAGAGGCCAAGGACCCCGACCCAUGCCCCCCCAGGGAGACAGGAAACGCGCUCUGUCGCCGCCCACCAAGUCAUCUGGAAAAGGCCCGUCGGCACCGCCGCUGGGCAAGCCGCCUCCCCCGGGCGUGGCUUCGGCCGCCGGCUCCGGCUCCAAUUCCAACAAACCCAGCAACACACUGUCCCGCCGCGAGGAGCUGCUGAAGCAGCUGAAGGCCGUGGAGGACGCCAUCGCCCGGAAACGGGCCAAGAUCCCCGCCAAAUAAACGAGGGACGCCCGCACCGUCGCCCCAUCCGCCCGCCCGCCUCGCGAGCCGGGGCGACAGCGAAGGCGUUGAGGGAUUGAGCGCCCCCCCCCCCUCCCCCCCUGCCUUCAACGGACAUGUAAAGUGUCGUGUGGUUCGUGUGUAGAGGCUGUCGUGUAACAGGAAGUGGUUUGGCUCUGCUCCCGCACGCCCGACUCCAGCGGCCAUUAAAAAGCCUUUGGAGUGUUUCAACUCGCUGCUCGUCAACGAGGAACGGGAGGAACCCUUUGGGCAUUCGGCGGGGGGGAGGGGCUUAGUGUCGUCUUCACGGCACAGAAGGGGGCGGUACGGUGCACUCUGUUCAAAAGGAAGCAUCUUCCUCAUCCGGCGUGAUGAAGAUCAGAUUUAUACAUCGAAUGUUCUACUUCUGCCCGUUUACCGUCUUGUUCUCCCCCCCCCCCCCCCCCCGGCGUGGAGGAGUGGAGCGGUCGGCCUCUCUGUAUAGACGUGCACGCUGUGGAGCGUCUGCAUCAUGGCCGUGUUUAGCCAAUGGCGUGUCUGUGUUUUAGGGCGGUGGUCACCGUCCACACCGUGUACAAUAUUAUAGCAAGUCAUCAAAUUAUUUCAAUCUUCUGAUUAUAGACGACGACAGCGGUGAGUAUUGCUUUUUUUUCUUUUUCUUUUUUUUCUUUUUUAAAAGAACCUGCAGCUUUGUUUUCUUCUAAGCUCUUAAGUGAUGAACCAAUGUUUUAUUUGUGUAACAUUUUUAGUUGGGAGUGUGUGAGAAGUGGAACGGAGACAUUUAGAAAACGAGACGUCUCGCUUUUGUGACAAAAAAUGCCUUCUAAAUAAACUAUUUUGAUAAAGAGA